CAGUUUCAUUCAUUGCACCUCAUCUUUUACAACUUUACAAUUAGAUUUCCCAUAUCGCUGCCACACCCAUCAGCUACUAUUCCCCUUUCAACUCCUGCGUUUAGGCAACCCCUUUUUCUAAUCACCUAACUUCGAACCUUUUUACAUCCCACCCUGUAAAAUUGUUGACUGGAAAACUCAAAUACCCCACGCUUACUCCUAUUCGUUGCUGGUAGCCAUCACGCUAUGUCUAGACGGCCUCCUAACCCAGCUGCUGAACGGGCAGCCCAAAACCAACAAACCAUUAAGAGCCUCCUGAAAUUGGAAGCUAACAAGAUAUGCGCCGACUGCAAGCGAAAUAAGCAUCCGCGAUGGGCGAGCUGGAACUUGGGUGUCUUUAUCUGCAUUCGCUGCUCGGGAAUCCACCGAGGGAUGGGCACCCACAUAUCAAGAGUCAAGUCUGUUGAUCUAGACUCGUGGACGGACGAGCAAUUACAAAGCGUCUUGAGCUGGGGUAAUGCGCGCGCCAACAAAUAUUGGGAAUCGAAGCUGGCUGCUGGCCAUGUUCCCUCCGAAGCAAAGAUCGAGAACUUUAUCAGAACCAAAUAUGAACUUAAGAGAUGGGUGAUGGACGGGCCAAUGCCGGAUCCUGCGAGCCUAGAUGUGGAAGGUGACGACGAUGUUCCACUAAGCAUCGUAAAAGAGAAGCAAAGUAUAGACAGAAAGGAGUCAAUCCGAAAGAGCUCUGUUGGGAAACAAGCUGCGCCGCGGGGUAUAGCACCUCCCGCGCCAGCACCUCAAGCAGAUCUUAUCGGCGGCGACGAUAUCCCCCCGAGGGCGAGUACCGCUGGCCCGGCUUCUUCUCAAGUCCCUCCCAAGUCGGCACCAGCUCCCCCCAAAGCAGUCAACACUAAGGACUCACUCCUAGGAUUGGACUUUUUCGGCGAAGCACCAGCUGCGCCUCCACGUCCAGCAAGUACGAAUAAUGCCGGUGGUAUAGGCGGUCAAUCGAGGCCUGACCUCAAACAGUCUAUCCUAUCUCUCUAUGCGUCGGCCCCACGACCUCAACAAGCACUACAGCAACCGUCACAUUCCUCUUCCGGAUCAUUCGGAGGCUUUGGAGCAAUGCAGUCUCCGUUGCAAUCCCCAACGAUGCCGGCGAUGGGACACCAAUCGCAAAAAUCGAUAGGUGGGGGGCUGGAAGAUGCCUUUGCUGGGUUGAGUUUUGGAAAAGUACCGCCCCCGAAGAGUCCGCAAAAGGAUGCGUUUGCUGGUCUGUCAAAUAUAUCGAGUAACCGGUCCACCCCACAGCCUUCGACUUCUUCAUUCUCUGGUCUUAGUGGGGGUAGUUUCUUUGACUCUAAGCCUGCUCAGCUAGCAUCACACCAGCAGUCCAAACCUUCGCUAUCAUCAUCUGACAGCUUCGGUGCAUUUGGUACACCAGCUGCUACGUCAAAACCAGCACAGUCUUCCUCAGCAGCCCUAGGUGACCUCUUCGACUGGUCCGCCCCUGCUCAACCAGUUGCGGCUCCAGCUCCCUCGAGGCCUGCCCCUUCGUCAACUGCCGACUCCAUCUUCAAUCUUUCAGCGAAUCAAUCAAAGCCGGCGCCUGCACCAGCACCAGUCGCAAGUGCGACUUCAGCUUUGAGCACAUCUGCAUUUAGCAACUCGGACGUUUGGGGGAAUGCAUGGGGCGCUCCUGAACCUAGUCCAGCCGCAGCUCCUAAGAGUCCAGUGGCUGCUACGAGCCCUAUUGGCGGCGGCAAUGACUUUGGUGCCUGGAGCAGUACUGGUGGGUCUUUUGCUACCCAGAGUUUGGUACCAGGAGCCUCUGGGGGUUUUACACCUGCUCCAAAGGUAGCUGCGGACGAGGAAUUCGGAGGCUGGACUAGUAGCACAGGCGGGAAUUUCAGCAGCAACGGUGGAGCAAGACCCGGUGGCGGGUUCGGAAAUGAUGACUUGUUCUCCAAUGUUUGGAAGUAAGCAUCAGGUCGGUCGUCCGAUAUAUUGCAGAACUUGACGGAAUAAAGGCUGAGCCUUGUUAAUUCUGAGUUGGCUCUAGUUGUGCUGCUCGUUACCUAAUGCAUGGCUACACCCAAGCUAAUUGUCAA